UUCAGAAUUAUUCAAAACUAUUUGUGGUUGGUUUGGGUGGACAAGACAGCUCCCACCCACAGCUAGAACUGGACUUGAUCUAGUAGCAGUUUAGUAGGAACGAGAAACCCUUCCUUCUUGUUUGACAGAUUUUUUUUUCUUUUGUUUGUUGUCCAUAGGGACUUAGGUGAAAGACUUAUUUUUACUUUCAUUUUUCACUCUCUGCAGUUGGCUUUUCUCAGGAGUUGGGGAAUCACACAACAUGCAAUCCAGUGUAGAGCUCUCCUAAGGAUUUCUGUAGCUGAAAAGUGUGACUGCUAUUCACAAACAGCACAGAAAGGAACGUUUGCCACUUGGAUUUAAUACUUCAUAAAGGACGCAGAAACGUUUAUUUUCAUCAUGAACAUGUCAGAUGCCACUAGAGUAGACCCAGCUUAUGCUGGAGUCUUUGGCUGCAUCAUGGUGAUUGGUCUGCCUCUCAACGUUGCAUCACUAUGGAUUCUUCUUCGCCGCCACAGCCUCAAAUCACCCAACGCCGUCUUCAUGGUCAACCUGGCAAUCUCGGACCUGUUACUUGUCUUCACUUUGCCCAUGAGGGUCUACUUUAAUGCCACAGGCAAAUGGACCCUGCCCAAUGAGGUUUGCCUAAUCAUCACAAUGUUCUUUCGCACCAACAUCCGCUCCAGUGCCUCCUUCAUCACCUUCAUCAGCAUGGACCGACUGCUGGCUGUGGUUUAUCCUCUGAGGUCACGCCAUCUUCGGACCUCAUCCAACGCCUGGAAAGGAGCUGCACUCAUCUGGCUGAUUUUGCUUGUGGUAAAUAUCCCAGAAAGUGUGGAUUUUCUGAAACAUUUAAAUAAUCAUACUGCUGUGACCAAUCAGUACAAAUGUUUUGAGUCUUAUGAUGCUAAUGACUGUCCUUUGAAGGGAACACGAUUAGGAGUUAUUCACUUUCAGAUUGUAAUACUGGUCACGAUGCUGUCAGUCAAUCUUGUGUGCACCGUGAUGGUGUUCAGGGCACUACACAGACACCUCAGUGGUGACUCAGCAAUGUUCAACAACAAGAUGAAUGUCAUGCUGAUUUUUGCCAUCAACUUGUUUUUGUAUGCUAUAUUCUUACCUGUGCCAAUAGCUAUGGCCACAAAUUGUGCCCAUGUCAAGCCACUGGUAUGUCUUACUGUUCUGAACUGCUGUCUGGAUCCUCUGUUGUAUUACUUUUCUUUUGACUCCUUCUGGAAGAAAAAAGAGGAUGUUGUUGUGAAAAUGGAGGGCUUGCUACAAACAUAGAGGAAGAAUUUAUAGCAUGAUACUAGAAACAGAGAUACAGCUAUCCACGUCACACACUGUACAGGCCUUUUAAUGCAGCUGUUUUUUUAAAUAAAUAUGUUGAAUAUACUUUUUUAAAAUCAUGCUGUAGACCUGUUUGUUUGUUUGUUUGUCUUUUGAGCUCCUUGACAUCUGUGUAUUUAGACAUGCAUGGUUCACAGGGCAGCCACUACAAACAUAUGAUUUUAUAGAAUAUGAGGCAUCACCAGAGAUUAAACAACUUAUACAAAACAUUUCAGAUGAGCUCGACCCUAAACUUCUACAGCAGUGAUAUUGAGCCAUGUAACACUGAUGGGAAGCAUCUUUUCAGCUCAAGUGUAAGAGGAAGUUGCAUGUAAAAAGGGCAUUAAGUAUAAAAUAAACUUAAAUUACAUCAUUAACUGCAAAUACUGAGCUGAGCCACCAAGUUUCCUGUUUCAUUUCAGA